CAGCCCAUCCAGCGAGACGAAUUCUGCUUGGUGGGUGCCACACCAACAUACAAGGUCAGGAAUUGCUUCUAGCAACGGCACUCGUUUGAAACCCCCAAAAAAACAGCCCGUAGCAACGAGGCGACGUCCGCUUUCUGUCUCACAAGAAGAACCAUUUUCAGUCAAAACUGCGCGCGACCACGUUCCGACGUUGAAUCGUCGUCGUCUACAGGGAGAGGGAGACGAUUCCGUCUCGGAAGGGGGUCCCGCAUCGAGAGAGAGCUAUGGAACCUUUGCUGUUUGUUUGUUGGUGGUAGCCCGUUGCGAACUGGAUGCCGUCGUCCGUGGACACACACCUUGCUGUUGCUUCUGCUGCUGCUGCUGCUGCAGGGGCGUACACUGCGAGCGUCUCAGGGUGUAAUUACGCGAAUUAUCAUUUUGUCUCACUAGGCCCUUAUCAAUCAUCACAAGGUCCUUAUUAAUCAUCUGCUCAGCAUCGCAUCCAGGUGGUAAUUGGGCAAUUACACUUGUUGAGUGUCUUUGUCGCUCAAUUUAUUUUAUAGCCUUGAACUUAAGACUUCUUACUAGCUUCCGGGGACUUCUUGGACUGAACUUAGAGAACUUCAGACGGAGCGGAAAUGUCGGGCUUGUAAUUAUGGUCGGAUCCUGCAUGAAAACUUCCAUCGAAUGAAAACCUUUGGAAGUACGUUUAUGUUCAUGGUCUUAGCUUUUGAGCCAUUCACAUGCAGGAAGCAGGUUACCCUACAUUGAAGAAGAGUCUUGGUCAUACUUGAAUGUUUUGGGGUUUUGCUUAUAUAUAUAUAUAUAUAUAUAUAUAUAUAUAUAUAUAUACACUAUUUGGAGGAAGUAUAUGCUGCUCGUCACAUACAAGCUGCCCUUGUCGAUUUUGUGGCACUUUGGACAUGUUUUUUUGUUGAAACAGUGAGCCAUCAUGCAGUUUUAUCAUCAUCCCCUGUCUAUGAAUAGUCAGAAAGUACGGCUUGCCCUUGAAGAGAAGAACAUAGAUUACACCGCUUUUCGAGUCAAUCCCUUGAAGGCCAGAAAUCUUGACGCAGAGUUCUUUCGACAAAAUCCAAAUGGAACACUACCUAUGUUGAAAAUUGGAGCUCAUGUGUUGUGCGAAAGUCUUCCCAUUCUCCAGCACAUUGAUAAGCUAAAUGAGCCCUUAGGAGAGUACAAAGAUUAUCGUGAGAGGGCUGAAGAGUGGAUUAAAAAGAUUGAUGAAUGGGAUGCGAAGCCAUUCACGCUUACCCAUGUUCCAGAUCGAAUGAUACGUUUUUUCGGUAAAUUCAAGAGGAGAGUACUAAUAGCGAGGAUGGCGAAAAACCCAGACCUCGCUAAUAAGUAUCACAGCAAGCUGAAUAGCAUGCAUGCUAUGGAAGAGCAGCUUAAGGAUACUCAAGCCGUUGAUUCUAAUAGGAAGGAGUUAGUCCUCAUGCUGGACGAUGCCGAACAUCAACUGGCCGGAACUGAGUUUAUGGCAGGGGAUGUUUUUUCCGUUGCGGAUGCAGCUUUUAUUCCUGUCCUUGCUCGUAUCGAGUUGCUUAAACUCAGUGAGGAGUAUCUUCGACCACGACCAAAAUUGUUAGAUUACUGGGAAAGAAUGAAGUGUCGCCCAAGCUACAAGAAGGUGAUCGGAGGCUACUCUUCACAACUAAAACAACUGAAGCUUGUGGUUCCAUCCAUAUGCAACGUAGGGAUAAGGAAUGUUUUAAAAAGAUUUUGAUAUGAGACCCUGGUCUGGAGUUAUGCAUUUAACCCAGCUUUGUGAAAACUUGAGAUUUGUACCUUGUGUUCUACAGCCAGUGUCUAACUUAUCCAGUAGUUUGUGGCGUGCCCCCACUGUGCUUCCGGUUGUCUGAUUGAGAGGUUUUUCCUGGAUUUAUUUUGUAGCGUACCAUUGUAAUAAACAUUUGAGGGGAGACCCCCACGAUAAGCGUCUGA